AUGUCAUGCGACGUCCGGCCCGUCAUCACCUCCACAAAGACCCUAUACGUCGACCCCUACGAAACGCCCCUGGCCUGCUCAUGCGAACCGCCUCCGUCCCCGUCCGCCCGCGGCCGCAGCAGCAGCCGUCGGCACUCCCUCGCCCCUUUCGGGCGCUGCCCCUCCCACGGCUGCUGCACCCUCGACGUCGCCGUCCACCGCUGCGCGCGCCGGUGCCGGGAUCCAACGAGAUACAAUCGAUACUUCCGUGCCCCCUCCGCGUCGUCCAGACAUGACUCUUACUCUGUCCCCUCGCGACAAAUGUCGCCCUCGCGCUCCCGCUCAUACCCGCACUCGAGCCCGCACCCGUCCAAGCCCCUCCCCUCCGACCCCUUCGCGGCCCAGCCUGGUGCGUCGUCCUGGCGCCGCCUCCGCACCUUCGACCGGGACCCGGACUUCUGCGCCGUCGAGUCCCGCGACUUCCGCUUCGCCCUCGCCGAGCUCCUCGACAUCGGCCGCAUCCUCCUUCACGCUGAGGCCGAGCUCGACAAGGCCCGCCUCCGGAUCGAGAGGGAACGCGCCCGGCACCGCGCCGCCCACGGCACCGCGUGCGAGGGCGUCCUCCGCGAGUGGGAGUGCGCCUGGAUACGGCGCGUCGCCGAUGCGGUCGUAGGCGCGGACGACCUGGCGCUGAGCUCUGAGGUCCUGGCGGACUGCUGGGCUCGCGGAGGGUCGGCGGGAUCGUUGAGGACCGCGGCCGGCGGGGGUGGGGGCGUCGGGGCAAGGCAGGCAGCCUGGAGACCCGACAGGACGAGGAAGCCAGACCGUGGAGGUACCUUGGCCCAGAGAGCUGGGGCAGAAAAGACCGUGACGGAGAGGAGCGUCGAGAGGGGAUGCGUGCUCGUGAGGAAUGGUGUCAACCAGAGCCAGUACGGAGGCGUUAUUCGGUCCGGUUCGAUGACGGGGCCGAGCCCCGGCGGAAAAGCAAGAAUGGCUCAUCGGAUGGUAAGCGGCACGGAAGCUCGCGGAGGCUCUAGUAAGGUUUUGCCCUUCAUUCGAAACAGAGGUAGGUCAUUGUUCAUACAAGCCGACAGGCAAGGACUGUCUGAAUUGAAUGUGGUCUCAUUAGGUCAUGUCUAUGUAAUAUGUAUUUGA